UAAGAUUCCGAAAGGAUUCAGACAUCAUUCCCUUUCAGUCGUCUCACAACUGCAGUGGAGCAUCGUCCGAGAAUCUACCCCAAAAAUGGCAUUCAAGUUCAUCAUUCUAUGCGCUGCUCUGUCCGCCGCAAGUGCAGGAUCAAUCGGCGGAUCAGUACUUAGUUACGGAGCACCAGCUAUCAGCUAUGCCGCCCCAGCAAUCGGCUAUGCCGCACCUGCAGCUAUCACUUCUCAAUCAUCAAACAUCCUGCGCAGCGCCGGAAAUCUUGCACAAAUCUCAACUUACUCGAAAACCAUCGACACACCCUACUCCAGCGUGAGCAAGUCGGAUGUGCGUGUUAGCAACCCUGGAAUUUAUUCCUCCUUGAGUUAUACCGCACCUGCACCAGCAUAUCAAUACGCAGCUGCAGCCCCGGUUAUUAAGGCUGCGUAUGCUGCACCCGCACCAAUCACCUACGGCGCACCUGCACCUAUUUCCUACGCCGCACCUGCACCUCUUACCUAUGCCGCAUCUGCACCGAUCUACGCUAAGGCCGCCUAUGCCGCUCCCGCACCUCUUGCCUAUGCCGGCAAUGCGAUUGCCGCACAUGCACCACUUGCAUACGCUAGCCAUGCGGUAGCCGCACCUGCACAACUCUACGCUAAGGCCGCAUAUGCUGCACCCGCAGCCCUUGCCUACGGCGCACCUGGCCCAGUUGUAGCCCAUGCCACCUUCUCUGGAUUGGGAACCUCCUAUGCUUGGCCAAAAAGAACGGCCAUUACGAAAUAUUGGCAUCCCUCCACGCCCGGACACGGAUCGCACCUUUUUACCUAUAAAAAGGAAGCGCCGUCUCCUCGCAGUUGUCAUAUCUACAGUGUUCGUAGACGUGAGCAGAUCAACCAGAAAAAUUUAGGAAAAAUGUUCAAGUUCGUAGCUCUCAGCGCAGUCCUCGCAGUCGCCAGGGCUGGAAAUCUCUUGGCUGCCGCCCCUGCUUUGGCCUACAGUGCUGCCCCUGCCGUGUCUCAUGUGACUUACGCCGCAGCUGCUCCCGCCCACGUGACCUACGCCGCCGCUGCUGCCCCAGCACUCAGCUACGGUGCACCCGCCAUCAGCUAUGGCGCACCCGCUCUCAGUUACGGCGCACCUGCACCCUACGCUAUCCAUGCCCCAGCUGUAGGCACCUCCCACCAGAGCACCAUUAGAUCCUUGGACGGAAAUUCCGCUGUCUCCCAUUACAGCAAGGCUGUCGACACUGCCUUCUCUAGCGUCCGCAAAUACGACACUCGCAUCACCAACGAUGGCAAGAUCCUCGCCCCUGCUCUGGCUUACGCAGCUGCACCUGCCCAUGUGACGUACUCUGCCCCCGCACCCGCUCUGAGCUAUGCCGCAGCCGCACCUGCCCUGAGAUACGCCGCAGCUGCACCCGCUUUGAACUAUGCUGUAUCUGCACCCGUCGUUAAAUCCGCCCCUGUCUACAGCUACGCUGCAUCUGCACCCAUCGUCAAUUCCGCCCCUGUCUACAGCUACGCUGCAUCUGCACCCAUCGUCAAGUCCGCCCCUGUCUACAGCUACGCUGCACCUGCACCCAUCGUCAAGUCCGCCCCUGUCUACAGUUACGCUGCAUCUGCACCCAUCGUCAAGUCCGCCCCUGUCUACAGUUACGCUGCGUCUGCACCCGUCCUGAAGGCCGGACCUGCUCUAAGCUACGGACCCGCAAACGUUGUCGCCCACACCACCUUCAGCGGACUCGGUGCCUCGUACGCUUGGUAAAUCAACGCGGGAAAUUCGAAUUCAUUGAACAAUAACGAACUCCACUCAUAGAUUAUACAGAUCACACGACUCAUCUUCUGAACUUCUAUUUAGCUUAGGGAAUCUUAAACAGGAUUUUCUGAGAUACUUUAUUCUAUAUCGUAUAUCUGAAAAUACUCUUUCGCCCUUUUAUACUAUAAAUUCUGAAAACACUGUACAUGCCCAAGUCCUAUGAAACAUUUUAUAUUUGUCUUCGACGAUAUUAUGCUAUUUAUGUGUACAUAAAAAUAUAAUAUUGUCUGUAACGAUAUGUCAAAUUGUUUACAUUUAUUAUCACUGUUAUCAUGACCGUUAUAUAUAUAUAUAUAUAUAAUCGGAUAAUAAUAAUCCGUUAAUCGAUUGCUCAAGCUACAAUAUAUCAUUACGAUCAUUGAUA